UUCUGAAGCACGGCCAUCCCUCUCUUCAGCUGCCUUCUGUGCCUUGUCGGGUCACAUAGCGGUGCAGGAUAAUAAUUAACCUUUGGCUUUUUCUUACACAGUCCUUUGUAGCUUGAUCAUCUUUCUUCAGAUCGCCUUCUUACCGCGGGGGUCCACCUACAAUUUCAGCUUCUGUGACCACGGCAAGAUACAAGAGGAUCUACUAAACGUUUUGGAUGCAGACAUAACCUUUACACAAGAGGUUGGUGCUUUCUCUGGUGGCAUCGGAGGGAAACUAUCGGGACGGCACUGCCUCCUCGUUUUUACCCUUGACCACGGGCAGCUACUUUCUGACAAUCUCGGUUAACAAACGGGAUUUGGCUGGUUUAGUAAACCGGUACCUGUGAAACAGGACCUUGAAGUUAUGUCCUGCUCUCCUCCGGCGACCUUCCUAAAAAGUACUUCGCUGAAGCUGGGACUGGAAGGGACGGAGAGCAGGAGCCCGGGCAGCCGCUGCCAGAGCUCUGCCCGACCCUUCCCAGCACCUUGCAGACCCGUAGGACUGAAGGUCGCUUGUAUAAUGCUUCACCGGCGCUGAAGAUGGUGUCACGGUCGCAAAGGUGAUAAGUGGUUUAGAAGCUACGCCGAAGGUUCACACGCUCAGCCGGCCCUUAGCGCAAAGACCAGGCAGUGUUUUUCGCGGAAAGCAGCCCUGCCGCUGGCUCGGGCAUCACAGCCCGCAGCUGCCCAGCGCAGUCCAGCAGCGGCUGCCCCGCACGGCCCCCGCCCGACUCCCGCAGCCGCCCGUACCCUGCGAGGCCCCGACGGGGCGGUGAGACAGGAGGGAUGUCUAUAACGGGGUGCCCGAGGCAGGCUGGCAGCCGGCGAAGGCGAUCCCCUGGGACAUGGUUUUAAUGAGCAUUCCCUGUUGUUGUUUCCCUCCAGGAGCUACAUCUCGAUUUUCACAACUGCGAGGACGCGCCCUCCGAGCCGGCGGGCAAGCAGCAGUCCGAGGACUCCAGGCGGGCGGAGCGAGCGGGCCGGCUGCUGGAAUGCCUCCUGGAGCGGGCGUGGGGAUGCGGGGAGCGACCGGAGCUGUGGCGCGUCACCCUGUCCGUCCUGAAGCACCGCUGCCCCGGCUUCUGCGCCUCGCAGGCGGGCACCGAGACAGCACAGCAGCGGGACAGCCCCGGAGACAGCACCGCCAGCGCCGCCGGCACGACAAGCCCGGCCCCGUGCGACAAGAGCAAAGCCCGGGAGCUGAUGGCGGUGUGGAGAAGUUACAACAACUUGUGAUAAGUGGCCUUGGGGCGGCGCGGCUUUUCAUUUUGCCUCCUCCGCCGGACUUCACUUCCACUGUCCGCCGUGCAGUCAUAGCAACGGAGUCAUCCUGAGGGUUGGUAUUUUUUUUAAUAUCCAUAAUUUAUUAAAAAAAAAAAACAACAAAACAAACCAACAACAAACCAAGCCCACCUACAAAACCAACACUACCACCACCACAAAAACCUCUAAACAGACACCUCGGGAAGUUCAGAGGCUCCCGACGCGGGCAUCCCGCAGGAUGCGCCAUCCGAGGCGGGCUCACCUCACGCUCCGCUGCCGCCUCUGCGGCGGGGCCACCCGCAGCCGGACCUUUGCUUUGCCAAGACAAAGGGGAUAACGAAAUGAGGAAUAAAAGGGGAUACAAAAACGAAGAAUAAAAGGGAAAAAACCGCGCAGUCGCGGCUGCAUGGAAUGUUUGCGGCAAGGCUCGCGGCUGAUGCUCCCCUGCGGGCCCGGGCGGCACCGUGCCCGUGCGCGGGGCGGCGGCGGAGCAGGG